GGACUACAGCUCCCGGCGUGCUCCGGGCGCGCAGGCGUGGGGCUGCUGCUCGCGGCGGACAGAGCUGGUCGCUGCCGCCGCCCGGAUCUGGUGAAGAAUAAGACUUGGAUUUUGAAGUGUUUGAGCAACUUGCUACUCAAUACUUGCUACUCGAGGGAGUCAUGACACUCCCAUUUCGAAAGGACUUGGACAAGUACAAAGAUCUUGAUGAGGAUGAAAUUCUUGGCAAACUUUCAGAAGAAGAACUGAAACAACUGGAAACUGUUUUGGAUGAUCUUGACCCUGAGAAUGCACUGCUGCCUGCAGGCUUCCGACAGAAAGACCAGACUGCUAAAAAGGCUUCGGGUCCCUUCGACAGGGAACGGCUCCUGGCAUACUUAGAGAAGCAGGCUCUUGAGCACAAAGACAGGGAAGACUAUGUGCCUUUUACAAGAGAAAAGAAAGGGAAAAUAUUUAUCCCCAAGCAAAAGCCUGUACAGUCUUACGCAGAAGAAAAAUUCACUCUUGAUCCAGAACUGGAGGAAGCCUUGACCAGUGCCACAGACACAGAAUUAGGUGACCUUGCAGCUAUACUGGGAAUGUCCAACUUGAUAACAAACAAUCAGUUCUGUGAUGUAGUAGGAAGCAGUAAUGGGGUUGACAAAGACAGCUUCUCAAAUAUAGUAAAAGGUGAAAAAAUGUUGCCUGUUUUUGAUGAGCCGCCAAAUCCCACAAAUGUAGAGGAGACACUGCAAAGGAUUAAAGAUAAUGAUUCUCGUCUUGUUGAAGUUAAUCUAAAUAACAUUAAGAACAUACCAAUUCCAACACUGAAAGAAUUUGCAAAAGCCUUAGAAACCAACACGCAUGUGAAGAAUUUCAGCCUUGCGGCCACCCGAAGCAAUGAUCCUGUUGCUGUUGCUCUUGCAGAUAUGCUGAGAGUAAACACAAAAUUAAAAAGUUUAAACAUAGAAUCAAACUUCAUCACUGGAGUUGGAAUUCUGGCACUGAUCGACGCACUGAAAGACAACGAAACAUUGGCAGAGAUCAAAAUUGAUAAUCAGAGGCAGCAGCUGGGCACAAUUGCAGAAGUAGAAAUUGCCAAGAUGCUUGAAGAAAACACCAGGAUCCUCAAAUUUGGAUACCAUUUCACACAACAGGGACCUCGAGCCAGGGCAGCUGCAGCUAUCACAAAAAAUAAUGAUUUGGUCUGGAGUAUGCGAGUAAAAGUUUCUGCAAAUACCCUUUCAUCUCUCCAGCCCUGAAGCUACAGAGACAGCUUACACUGAAUACCCAAUUGGUUCGCAAGAGGAGGGUUGAAGGAGACAUCUAGCAGAUCUUGUCAGAACUGUGUGGAAAUUUCAAGGGUCGUCCAGGCACGGUUGUCACUGUGGGCUUCGGCAAUGUUGGACUAAAUUUACCUGGGUUAGAAGGGAAAAGACUGGAAACCCCAUUCCUUUUAAAGCAAAACUAUAUGAAUAAUCUGCUGGUAUGCAUCACGUUUUUCAGAUUGAGACACAGUAACUGCACCAUUUUCUGUACCAUAGUUUUUGAUCGGGUUUUUUUAAAGAACUUAUUUGUAUUUCAAGACUUUGGCUGUGCUUUCUGCUAAAAAUGUAAUUACGAAUCAAUGUUAUAAUUGUCUGUAGUCAAAGAAUGCCACAUUCAAAAUCAAUGACCCAAUUGAAAUGUUUGUUAGAAAAUCUGGAGGUGCUUAUUUACAUGGAGGGGUGUGUAUAUUCUUGGAAACAAUGCAUCAGUGAUAAAGGAUUCUUCACACAACAGUUAGUCUCAUUGUGUAGAGCUGUUUCAGCCUUGUUCAUGCACUGAAGAGAAAUCUUUCACAGCUAUCUCAAUUGUAAUUCUACUUUUUUAUUUUUUAUUAGUUCUUGAUACUGUGACUAAUUAAAGACAUCCCUUUAAACCUAACAAAAAUAAAUUGGUGAAGGACUUUUCCAAGAGAUUUGAGGGGCUAAUAAAUUGGAAGCCUUGAAAUAAAAAAAAAAAAAAAGGUGCCUUGCAAAAUUACACCUAAUUUUUCUAUUAUAAAAUUACACCUAGUUUUUCUAUUACACCUAAACCCUUAAAAUCUUUUUGAGAGAUCCCAUGACUGUAUCUUGCUCUGUAUCUGAACCGGAUAUGGUUUUAGACUGAUUUCAUGUGUUCAUCAGCAUUUAGUUUAUAUUCCUUGUUUAAAAAUCUUUAUCUACAUUCAUAAGUAUCAAUAUCUCUAGAAGUGGUGGACAUGGGGUUUUUUUUAAAUUCUGCAUAAUUCUGUACAGGAAACUCUGUAAAACCACUGCUCUAAUUCACUGGCAAAUGGAAAAAUCCUUUCUUUCAAGUUGUUGCAUUAAGCUAUUAGAACUUGAUCUAAAUCUGUCAUUUUUUAAAUAAAGCAGUGAAGGAACACUUUUAAGAAAGGAUUUUUCUAUUCUACUUAUGUCUUGAUGUUGAAACACUACAUAAGACAUGCAGAAAUUAACCAAUAUGCAGUGUCAACUCAGUAUGAUAUGGUAAUUACUGAAGUAUUUAAAGUUCUGUAUCUAAGCAAACUAAUAAGGCAACAAGAGUCACUUCAACUUCUGUACAUAGUCACAGUAGACUUCUUUGAUAUAAUAUGAAAGCCUAGAGGCUUUUUGUGCAGGUCAGUUUGUACUAUACUAGUUAGCUCACUGUUGUCAUGAGAUCACAGAAACGUUCUUUAGGACUGCUCAGCCAUCUUUCUAGCAACAGCAAAUUCAACUGACUAUUGCUUUCAUCAAAGGACUGUAAGAUGGUGAGCAUUUAAUGUAUAGAAAACAUUGGACUGAGAUUUUUGCAUUAGGUUGUAUAUACUAUAAAAAUUUAAGAGAGCAACUCUCUGACACUCUGCCCACGUCAUUUGCUGCAAAUCUCGUUUUGGAUCUUUGAAGACAGACUUUAAUUCCAGAGGCGACUUCGAAUUUUACUGCAACUGUACAGAGAAUUUUAAACUAUAGUGCCUUCAGUGAGGAUGUAUAUAACUGGUUUAUACUUGUGGAAGAACAGUUUUCCUAUUUCAGAAUCAGCCUUCUGUUAUAAAUAAAUGUGUGCUCUGAAAAUCAAGUCGGUAUUAAUUCUGUUAGAACCAAAGACAUACUAUAACUUUGAAACAGUUAGAAACUGACUAGUAACAAAAAGGGCUUCUUUUGGUUUUGGCUUUGUAAAUUUUCAAGAACUUUUUAGAUUUUGAAAUUCAAGUUCUUGUAUAGUAUACAAAAUGUCACAAGUUAAGUGUCUUUUUACAGGCAGUGCUGUAUAAACAUGGCCAAAGCAUGUCAUGUGCCACGUUGCCUAAAGCUGUGCUACUUAUGUGCUAGGCACCAUAAUCAUUUUGUGUCAAAAAACAGGCUGUAAUAUCUUCCUUCAUUUGUUGAAGGGCUGCAUGUUCAUGGAAUCUGUUCACGUAUUGUGAUUCUAUGAUGAUUUAUUAUCAAAAAAAUUAGGCAGUCAUCUCCUACAUGAAGAUGGAGAAAAUAAAAGGCUGGAUUAUGAAAAUGAUAGCCUAAAUUCCUUUCUUUAUUAAAUCAAGAUAGCUGCUUAACGAUUUAUAUUCCAAUCAAAACCAAGGGCUUUUAAGCUGCAACUUGGGUGUUCUGUCACAGAUGACAGUAGUAGACCUUAAUAAUGGAUUUAGCUCUGUAGGCAGCAGCUGAAUAUUUGACUGCUUACUGUCACUUUCAGGACAGGUAUCUGACAGGAUGGGCAUAGAAAACUAGUUUGGUUUAUUUUCAACCAGAAGGGUUUAGCCUUCCAAAUUGGUGCAAGACGUGAUAUGAUGCAUGGAACACUUACAACCAUCACUUUACUGCCUACAGUGUGUAUCCUUGUUGGAAUAAGUGAAGGAAUUCAGUCUGUAGCUAGGUAUCAUAAAUGGUCUCAACAUGCAAAGUGAACAUGCAACCUGGUCUAGUGGGAGGUGUCCCUGCCCAUGGCAGCAGGGGGUUGGAACUGGAUGAGCUUUAAAGUCCCUUCCAACCUAAACCAGUCUGUGAUUCUAUGUGAUGCUAUCAAAUGUACUGAGAUCUUGUGCAUGACUUCAUUAUUUUUGAGGGCAAAAGGGUAUUACUUUGGUUACCAGCUAUCGUAACUACAAGAUCUGUUUUUCUGAAAGAGGUGAUACUUUUUUUCUUCCUGAUUAUAUUUUGGGCUUAAUGCAAAAGUCAAAUGAUCACAUACAUUGAUUCUGUUGGUUCCAAGCUAAGCAUGGAAACAUACCCUAUAUUCCAAAGCAAUUAUCUAUUUAGUGUUGUAUUUGAAGAAAUAGCCUCAUUCUCUCUACAGCUUGAAUAAUACUGUUUGUAAGCUACAAACGAACAAGUGUUCAAUUUAAAUUUCCAUUGAGGAAACAUGAAUUGAGUGUUUUAGCAUAUCAGCACUAUAUGCUGUCAGAUUGUAAACCAGUAAAAGUUUUGGAUGAUUAAAGUACUGUAUUCUUGUUGUGG